AUGUCUCAAGUACAGGGCAUAAGGCUGCCGAUCCCAGGUUGUGCAGAGAGAGCCUCGAGUGCUGCUUCCGUCAGCCUGGACUCCUCAGAUGGAUCGGCUGCUGCCUCCGCAGCCUUUCGAAACGAACCCCAAGAACUCCUAGGUCUAUCUUCUGGACCGCGACCUAUGUCUAUUACCUCUCCUAUACCAAGGAACCUGAGCAACUCUGCCUCAUCAGGACAGCAGGCUUAUACAAUUGACAUCCCACCAGACUACAGCUUUCCAGAGGACCUCGGCCUCAAUGAUCCAAAAGGCUCUCAGCAAGUCUGGCCUGGCUACCAGGUGACCGGCAACGACAAUGACAACGUCGCGUAUCCACCGCGACGUGUUACUCCAGCAGAACCAGAGCAACCGUGGAACCCAAUUCAUCUCAAUGGGCCGCUGCCUUCUCAACCUCGAGGAGACGACGGGCAGCGUGACUCAACAGCUCCGAUGAAUGCCAGAAUAGGCCAGCAAAGGUCAAUCGUCGGCAGUCAUGCAAACGAAACUGACGAAGGCUACUACACCUACUCUCAACCCGACAUCCGCUCAACCUACAGCGAUGACUCGGGCCAAAGGCAUCGCAUUCGAUCCGGACCCUCGUCCAUUCCACGCUCGAUACCAUUAGCUCAAGGGCACUCCACGUUCGCUCAGUACAACGCCGAGCAAUCUUUCACGGCCAUGGACUACCAGUUCCCAGGGCCGAUGGAGCCGCAGCUAACCAGCCAGGUCCCACGAGAACCCCAUACUUGUACCGAGCCUGAAUGCAAAUUUACCUGUAAAACAAUGUCUGACCUCAAAAAGCAUACUGCUCGCCAUAAGAGGGAGCAUGUCUGCGAUCAGCCUGGAUGCACACGAGCUAACAAAGGCUUUCCAACCAUCAACGAUCUAGAAAGACAUCAGAAGUCUGUUCAUGGGAUAGAACCACGCCAUGGUCAAAGUCGGAUGUACAAAUGCUUUGCGCCGAACUGCAAAAACCGGGAGAAGAAAUGGCCAAGGCUGGAUAAUUUCAAGCAACACCUUCAACGAAUGCAUAAGGACGAGAGCACAGAAGAGUUGAUCCGGCAGUCCAAUCAGUGGUAUGAUACAGAAAAGAAGCCACACCAGCCAGCAUCCCUAGUAGCUGGCGCAACACCAUCUCAAGGCUCGCAUUUUUCAAACUCUGGGCCUAACCUCAUGACCGAAACAUCUCCUCUUGCGAAAUCUUACAAUCAUCUAUCCCCAGACUGGCGGCCAACACGAAAUGCAUUGCGCCAGCAACAGUUAACAACACCGAAUAGACCACGACAUUCAUCCUUAUCAAGUCAGCCGAAUUCUUCUGCUUCUCUUUCUCCAACCCGAAAGUCUUCCUCCGUACCGUUCCUCGGCCUUGAUAUGCACUUCGGUAGUUGCCCCCAAUUAGGUCAAACGUCAAUGGCCAUGAUCCCUACGCAGCUGUCAUCAGACUUGCUGCUUGACAGUUCACAACGCCCGACUCGUGGAAGACCCACUGCGCACACCGUACCGAACCCUGAUACUACGGCUCUGUCUGAUCUUCCGGACAUCGGUUAUUCCGCACCGUCAGGAUCUUUCCAUAUUCCACAAGACGACCUGGCUCACAUUGCGCCCAACUUGAAUGCAGAGGCUCAGUCUGCCUUCCAGUCUGCCUUCCUUUCCGCAGAUCAAACCCUAAGUUCUCCUUCCAUUCCCGCCAAUAGGGGUACAGGGUCCUCGUCAUCCCCUAUCUCUAUUGAAGCCCUCACGGCUUUCAUUAACAACAACACCCGCGGGCAAAAGGACGAAAGUGCAGUCCUUCUGCGGAUUCUUCAAGCCGGCAUCAGCAAACUGGCGGAAGCUGAACCUCAAUCAAAUACAGCUACAACGACAUCGUCCUCUUCCUCAGUCGUGACCUCGACUCUUACUUCACAUCCCGACUCAACCAAUACCCGUCUGCAACAUAGCUGCCCGGAAAAGCCCUGCACAAAGACGUAUCCUCGGCCGUGUGAUUUGAAAAAGCAUCUGAAACGCCAUCAUCGACCCUACGGCUGUACAUUCAGCAAAUGCUAUGAGAAGUUCGGCAGCAAAUACGAUUGGAAGAGACACGAGAAUACUCAACAUUUCCAACACGAAUGCUGGAAAUGUGCCCUGUGUUCUGGUGGUACAGCCAGGAAUGGUCAGGCAUCGACAUCGUCGUUUCCGGCCCAGUUGUUCUAUCGGCGUAAUCUCUUUAUGGCCCAUAUGCAAAAGGUGCAUCAACUCCCUCCAGAGGCAACACGCGACCACGCUCACAAGCAACGCAUUGGCCGAAAUUGUCAGACUAGAUUUUGGUGCGGGUUCUGCAAGAGAAUUGUGGAAUUGCAGAAGAAAGGGUUGGAGGGUGCAGAUGAGAGGUUCAAUCAUAUCGACAAACAUUUCAAGCAGAACCGUGACAUUUCCGAGUGGGUGGUUGUGGAGGGCAGCGAAACUAAAGGGCAACACGACGAAGUAGAUCGAGAGGAAGAGCAGGAGGAGCAGGAGGAGGAUAUCAACGACGUGCUAGGCUCCGAUGGCAUUGGCGACAGCCCGACCAGGGUUGGGGAAGAUACCGCUGAUGGGCGCUCACGUGAGAAUUAUGAUUAUGAUGUUAACGACCGCGGUGGUGGUGCCAAUGCUCGAAAUGACAUUGGCCAGAAGCGAACUCUCCCUUCCGAUUUUGAAGGGUCGUCACGACCAUCACAACAGCGCCGGACCCAUCCCGCACAUGGCAAAAAAACUCCAUACGCCUUCAACUGCUGCCAGUGUAGAGAAGGACCCCACACAUUAAUGCUUGGCCGACAUUGUCCUAUGUGCUCGCAUGUGUGUUGUGCAUUUUGUUCCUAUAUGGAUGAUAAGUGCCGAGACGUGGGACGUCCAAGGUGA